AUGAAAAUAGUAAUCAUCGGCGGCGGCAUCUCCGGAUGCACCGCAUACCUCCAGCUCAAAAAGCAUCUUCCCAAACCACCCGCCUCAGAACGAGACCACGAGAUCACCAUCUACGAGGCGUACGACACAAACAAGGACACGACUUGCGACGAGCGCGAUGGUCCAACUCACUCAUCUACAUUAAUAGUCGGCGGAGGCCUAGGUAUUGGACCGAACGGGCUUCAUGUCCUGAAGCGUCUGGACGAAGAUCUCCUGCGUGAGAUCGUCCGUGGCGGAUACGUAGUCCCCAAAUCUAAUAUGAGGAACAAGAACGGACGGCUACUCGUACGCAUGAACGCCUCUGACGAGCCAACUUCGCCAGAUGAGUUGCCUAUGCACAUGGUUGGGUGCAGUCGGCAUUGGUUCUGGAGGUGUCUCCGUAUGCGCAUCCCGGAUUCUGAUAUUGUGACGAAACGGGUUGCUGGAGUCGUUGCUAAUCCCGACGGUCGGAAUGUGGUCAGCUUUGUUGAUGAUAGCCCUCCCGUCGAGGCGGAUUUGGUUAUCGGUGCGGAUGGGUUGAAAGGGAUUGUUAAGCGGGCGCUGUUUCCUGAGGCUGAGGAGGAUCCGUAUCCGCCUCAUUAUGAAGGCUUGUCAGGAGUCGGGGGCUUCAUCCCGGCUGACCAAGUCAAAGACGAUGUGGAGAAAGGCUCGAUGAACUUCAUCAUCGGCGGAAAUGGGUUCUUCGGCUACUUCUACUCCGACAGUGCCCCGUCAGCGCCUCACCGUGACUCGCCAUAUCAUGUCUCCGAGCCAGGCGAGAGUCUUGGCUGGUGGUCAACGUACCAAGUCGACGAGUGUCCGAACCCGAAGACAAUUGACAAAGAGGAUGUUGCGCGUCAACUACGAGAACGUCAUAGAAGCUGGAAGGAUCCAGUUAUACAAAAAGUGCUCGACUCUCUUGAUGUGAGCAGUAUGUAUCCUACCUGGACUAUGUCACCACUGCCAACCUGGGAACGGAAUGGAGUCGUGCUUGUUGGGGAUGCGGCUCAUGCGCUCCCUUCGACUUCGGGACAGGGCUCGUCGCAAGCGCUUGAGGAUGUGGAGGCAUUUGUUCUCUUUUUGAGCCACUACAUGGAAAAGGCCUAUGGAUCUCUCAAUCAUGAUUUGGAAUAUAAGGGGGUGAUCACGACUGCUGCGAAGCAGUACAUGGAGCUGCGUAUCCCUCGAGUCCAGGCUAUCCUCGAAGACGCCAAGCGAAGACAGAAUGUCAAGCGCAAUAUGGGUUUGAUUGAGGAGUAUAUGAUGUACUGUUUUAUGUGGAUUCUCGGAUGGUUUCCGAGCAUCUUCGCAAAGCAGUUGAAGGUUGUCUUCGACUAUAAUAUUGCUGAAGAGGUGAACAAGACGCUAUCGCGUGAAAAAUAAUAACCAUAAUACUGUCAUAUUCACUCAUCUCUCCGCUCUUAAUCCCAGCAGCAUCAUUGUGAUUUGCAGGUGAUAUCGUAAUGUACUCUACCGCGCAUUCUGUCUCUAUAUUCUCCGCAUAUAUACAUCACAAAUUAUGUGAAUGAUGUUUAAGCCACGUAAGGCACCUUUUCAUGUUACGAAGAAGGCUGCGAUAAUUGGCUCUUACUGUUUGAAGAGAGCUCCUCUUUGUUGGCCACUGCUACUCGCCCACUGUUUGUUAUUGUGUUACACAAAAAGCUUUACUCCUAACUGGAACAUUGAAUCUAAUCCUGUCUUCGCAACGACACGUUAGCUGUUAUAUUGAACAGACAACAAGCGUUCUCACUACCAUAGGAUGUCACGCUAUUAACGGUCUAUCAGACAUGGCUCCUUACCAUGUACUCUGGCCACCGCCUGGCCGUACGCGAAGGUUCGGCCGUUGAUUCCGCUGCAU